GCAAGAUGGCGGCUGCGACUCCUAGCGAGGUUGCUCCCGUCGGUCCGCCCUGACGGGCCUCCGUCUCCCUCGCGUCGCCAUGUUGGUGAGGGCGGGCGCGGCGCUGCUCGGUCUACCCCGCCGCCCCCCGCUCUGGAUAGGUGGGGGCGGAGGGAUGAGGCGGCUGAGCGGGGGCGCCCCUCCCCCACCCGCGGCUGUUCGGUGCUUCCCGCUCAGCCGCGCGCUCCUGCGCGUGCAGGGACCCGAGGCGGACACGUUCUUGCAGGGCCUGCUCACGAAUGACGUGGCGCGACUGACGUGGGGCGGGGCGGACCGUCCCCCGGAGGGCGGGGUUCCCUCGCCCCCGCCACGCGCUCAGUACACGCAUGCGCUCAACGUGCAGGGCCGGUGCCUCUAUGAUCUCCUCCUCUACAGGCUUCAUGAAAGUCAAGAAGAGGAACCAAAUAUCCUACUGGAGUGUGACUACUCAGUGCUGGAUUCUGUUCAAAAGCAUUUGAAAUUGUACAAGAUCCGGAGGAAAGUAGACAUAGCCCCCUGCCUUAAUCUCUCGUUAUGGGCAGUCAUCCCAGAGGAACAGUCUGGAGAUGUUUCCAGUACCCUUGAGAAAUGUGCAGACAAAACUUUGGUUUUAACUCCUGAUCCCAGAGUAGAAGUCAUGGGUUGGAGAUUGAUUACAAACAAAGAGGAAAAUCCACUAGAAAUUGUCCCUGGAAGUCAUAUAGGAAAUAUUAGCGAUUAUCAUAAGCACAGGUACAAACAAGGAAUAGCUGAAGGCGUAAAAGACAUCCCCCCAGGAGUAGCCUUACCACUGGAAUCCAACCUGGCUUACAUGAAUGGAAUCAGCUUUACCAAAGGCUGUUAUAUUGGACAGGAGUUAACAGCUAGGACCCACCACACGGGUGUCAUCCGCAAACGCCUAUUGCCAGUGCAACUUUCAGCUCCUUUGCCAUUGGGAAGCAUCCCCGAGGGGGCUGCGAUCUUAACUGAAUCGGGAAAGUCAGCUGGCAAGUACCGGGCUGGUGGAGAUGAACUUGGCAUAGCUUUGCUGCGAUUAGCCAACAUAAAUGAGCCACUUCAUAUCAAUUUACCAGGCGACACUAGUGUGAACCUUACUGCAUCUAUACCUAACUGGUGGCCAAAACCUACCGACAAAUAAAUGAGGGAUCCUCUGCAGCACAUCUGCCUUACUUAAUAAACUUUGUCUGAUAAGCUGGGAAAGUCAUUCAUUCUCAUACGCCCUUCCAUCAUAUUUUCCUUUUGUCUUUAUCUUUUAUUUGCAGUACUUGAGCAGGGUGUAUUACAGAAGGGUCCUUGGGAGCUGGGCCCAAAGGCAGAAGGAACCUGAUGCAUCAGCGAGUCACUGACAAAACAAGGGCUAAAGUGGAGAAGCACAUAGGAGAGCAGAGACAUAUUCAGCAAAGUCUGUAAAGUUCACCUUGUGGAGUUCCUGCCGCUUGCUUCCCCUUAAGGGAGAGGUGUAUGGGGAGGGAGAUUAAGAAGACUUGGGCUGUGCUGGGCAACUAGGCUCCAUCCCUGACGAUCCUUGACCCAGCCACAGCACUCUUGUGGCCCACGCUCUCCCUCUGUGCCCUGUACCGUACUUCCCUCGCUCAAAGAGAGUGAAGACAGGCCGAUUAUUGCUGGUUGUAUCAGUCCCAUGGGAAUUUGCAAGGUACAGAGGAGAUCUCUAUACUGACUUCCACUAGCUGGUUAGCUCACCCAAAGCCAAGGUCCCACAGCUAUGCAGAGAGGGACUUCCACGGGCUCUGGGACCAUAGAGGAGCCUGUCACAGAGCUACUGCUCCCCAGCUGUGUGUCUGGGAGCUUUGCUGAGAGUUUUUGUUUCCUCCCACAACAUAGUGGAUGGUUACAUACAGGGGUGGCUCUAGCUUUUUUGCCACCCCAAGCAUGGCAGGCAGGCUGCCUACAGCGGCAUGCCUGCAGGAGGUCCGCCAGUCCCGCGGAUUUGGCGUACCCGCCGCCGAAUUGCUGCCGAAUCCGCGGACCUCCUGCAGGCAAGCCACUGAAGGCUGCCUGACUGCCGCCCUUGCAGGAACCGGCAGGGUGCCCCCCGCGGCUUGCUGCCCCAGGCACGCGCUUGGAGCGCUGGUGUCUGGAGCCGCCGCUGGUUACAUAUAGCUUGAAGAGUCUCUUUGGAGCAGAGGGAGGAGGCUUGGCAUGGGUGAGGAAUAUUAAGGAGUCCAGAGGGGCCAUUAAGGAAUCCAGCCCCUACUCUAUGUGAGAGUGCCCUGUGUUUAUUUGGGUGGUGCUGGAUCUGGGCCCUGCUGAGUCUGCCCUCCAUUGGAUAGAUCAAAACUUAUUCUGAAUAUAGUGCUGCAUAUAUUGAAAUGCUGAAACGGGAGGGGGGGAUAUAGGAAUUUUAUCACAAUGUGUGUCAAAUGUUUUUAUGUCAGGAUUAUUUCUGUGGUAUUGUAAGGCUUUUUAACAGGAGUGUGCUGCCCAUUUCUUUCAAUAGCAUGUGUUUUUGCUACAUUCUGGCCAAAAUGUUUACUGUGAAUGUUCCUUGCAUCAGGCUUUCAGCACCGGUCCUAAAUUGCUGAUUGAUGAGAACGUUUUUUUGUCAUUACUGUUAACUCUCUCAAAAGGAAGAGGAAUGAUUGUACUGAGUGUUUGAAAUAAGAAUUUUGCUUUUAAUACUUGACCACAUGGGUGAGCAAUGUAUGCAGAUGCUGUGACAUCAGUAUGCACUCUACUGCUGCAAGGUCAGCAGAGGGAACACAAUGAUCAAUGGUAUACCCAGAGCUGCCCUGCCAUGGCCAGGAUACUGGUAAUAAAGGCCUGAUCUACGCACUGGUUUUGUGCCAGUAUAACUCUUUCAUGUCGGAGUGUGAUAUUUUACUGAAAUAGGUACGCCGAUACAACCCCUAGUCUGCACACAAUUAUACUUGUAUAUAGAUGCCUUCCCCAUCCUUUACGGGAAUAAACUAUAUUGCUGUGAACAACUUUAUACCAGUAUAACUGGUUUAACUUUGUCGGCAAAUGUUGAGAUUUUGGUUGGCAGAAAUCACAAAUAAGUGUGAGUAUAUGCUAGAAAUGCUACAGUGGUAUAGCUACAGCUGUGCCACUGUAGUUGUAGGCACUUGCUUCAGCGACAAAAGGGGUUGUUUUAUCGCCGUAGUAAAUCCACCUCUCUGAGAGGUGGUAGGAAGGUUUGACAGAAGAAUUCUUCCGGUGAUCUACACUGGGGCCUCGGUUGGCUUAACUAUGUUGCCCAGGGCGUAACAUUUUUCACAGUCCUGAGUGAUGUAAUUGAGCUGACCUAACUUGGUAGUGUUGAUGAGGCCUGAGUAUAGACAUAUGCAAAACUGUGCUGCCAAAAGGAAAAUUUUGCCAGUAAAACUUUUUAGUGUAGGUCAGGCCUAAGUUUAUCCAUGCUGACACUUUAAAUAUACUAGUAUGGUUAAUAGUUAAAAGAGUACAACUUUAUGUGUAGACAAGCCUAAAUAAAGGUUCUAAGAACACAUAAAUAAAAUAGGACCAUGUGCCUUGUGAUUCUUUAAAAAAAAAAAUGCCAAAAACCAUCAGGAGGCAGCCAAAACUCCAGGCUGUAUGACUGUUCCCACAUAAUCUCUUCAAAGCCAAUGAAGGGACAUAUCCCCUCCCCAAGGUGAAAUUUCCACUCCUUCCCUGCCAGCAUGAAUCUCAGCCCCAUAGAGGGCUCUCUCUGGGGGAUGGGGGACAGUGCCCUAGAUAUGCAGGAGGGAGUAACAAUCCUGCCUUCUAUAAGAAAGUGCUGAGUAGAGCCUGUGCAGUGCCCUAUGGAUCAGUGCCUGCUUGCCACCCACACUCCUGUUCUUCCCAGCUGUCUAACUCUUUUGCCCUUAACUAGGGGGUUUCGCCAGGCCCUCACUUUCCUCACUGCUUCACUACUGCCCCCAUCCUCCAACGGCUUCAUGUGGCCCACAAAUAAAGCCUUGCUGCUGGCUCUUACUGGGGGUUUCUCUAGCCACCUGACUUCCUGGGUGCUCAAACCUGCACCCAAUAAUUUGGGGCCCCUUUGGCUACUUUUCCCAUCUUUGCACCUCCUUCCCCCGCCCCCACCGGCCUCCUCUUCCUCACCCCCCUCUAACCCUAAACUAAUUUAUAGAAGCUGUGUGUGUUUUUUUAAAAUAAAUCAAUCAAUGUGAACUCAGAAGUGAGGUGUGUGGAAGAGGAGUGAGGGGGAUGAAUGAGUAGGGCCCUGAUUGGGGCUGGAAGGGGCCCAAGAUGAUGAACUACCCCAGUUUAAUAUUUGUUUGAAAUAACCGUUGUCCAAAGGGCAUUUUGUCAUUGCCUUGCUGUAGCCAUUACUGUGAAGUGAAAUGUAUAUGAAGAAUGCUCAUAUUCAUUAAAACUCCUCAGGCUUACUGUAAAAGGAAUCUGUGGAAUUACUCAUUAAAAGUUAGCUAUGUCAAUGAUUUAAUAUUGGUGCUUCUGUGUGAUUGGCCUGUAGGUUAGGUGGAGUUGGCAUAGACAAAGGUCUUUUAUUUGUCAGUGAUAGUAGUAAGUUAGUUUGGCAGAUGUGCUUGUCUUCACAGAAGGGGUCUGCCCAUAUGCCCACUGUAGUCAAUGUGGUCUUAGCCCAUUCUGGAUCAAUGUCAAGAUGUUAAAUUAAGCAUCCUCUAACUACCAGAACGUGAAGUUAAAAGAUGAACUGGAAGGCUUGUUACCUGUCAAGACGGAGUUCACUUUUUGCCAUUUCUCCUGCAAUGGAUGAUAUCAUUAAUACCUUAAAGAGCAAGAAGAUGCACAAGAAGGGUUGUUUUAGGUGGUCAGUAAAGCAGUUCCUUGUGCUUUUUAUAUAAAUCUCCACGUGCAGUUUGGGAUCAUCAUUUUUCUUCAUUUAAAAAAAAAAAAAAAAAACACCACACAGUUUUUUUUUAAAGAUUACCUGUCACUAUUGGACAGGAGCAGGGGGUAGCUGCAAUCUUUUGGCCACUGUUGUGCCUCCCUCCUUAAUGCCAGUACAACUACCUGUGUUUUAACUAGCACUGCUCUUGAAGACUUGUCCUAAUAACAGUGUACGAUCAGUGCCAAGUUUGUCUGACAGUCAUCGUUCUGAUGCUACAAAACUAAACUGCCUUUGGGAUAUAAGAAAACUGAUAAAGGAUCAUAGAAAUGUAGGACUGCAAGAGACCUCAAUAGCUCAUCUGGUCCAGUCCCUUGCACUGAGACCAUCCCUGAUAGGUGUUUGUCUAACCUGUUCUUAAAAUCCUCCAAGAAAUAAUAUCACACGUGUUAAAUAUUUAAAAAUAAAAGCAUCUAUUAAGGCACAAGAGGAAUUGGAACUAUAAAAGAUAAAAGGAAUCCUUUUUAAUGACAGCAAUUGUCCCAGUAUUCUUCAGUUACAUAUAGGAUUGAAAAUCUAAUGAUCAUUGUGAAAUAAGUUACCUUUUUGUUGUUGUUGUUUUUCAUAAAACGUUUAUUGGCAGCUCCCAUUUGAAGUGUUCCAUCCAAGCUUUUCUAAACUCAACCCAAGUGUUAAUCUUAAUGAGGGUACUGUAGUGCAGAAGUACUCCAAGUUGCCCAAGGUAACAAAAGUCCAAUUUAGCCUGUUACAUAAAAUUGUUUAUAAAGUCAGCAAAAGUUAGACACUGUUUUCUAGGGUUAAAUUUUAAAAAAAGUUGAUGCAGCUUGAAAUGAAAGAUCUGGCUACUUUCUUCUUUACCUAUUAAAGUGAGAGAUCAAACCGACAGUUAAUUUCCAAACUUGGUCAAAUAAACUUAGUCAAAUAAUAAUCACUCCAUUAUUUUUGCUGAAAUUCUUGUAAUGAAAUCCAUCAAUAUGACAUUUAAGUGAUGCUUGGCUACUUACCCCCGAAGGAAAAAAAUGAAAAAAGGCCUAUUUUCAUUUUUUUGGGGCAAGGAUAUUUUCGUGCGAUUGAAGAAUUGUUUGGCUAUAGUAUUGACAUAGGAAUGAGUCCCUGAAGAGUCUUUUUAGAUUAUGUAAGUUUCCUCAGUAUCAGUCAGUUCUUAGGUUGCUUAUAGAGUUUUUUGUUUUGUUUUUAAGCUUGAACUAGAAAUUAAUCUGUAGUGCUUUAGACUUUCUGGAUUCUCUGAAUGUGACGAGACACUGUGUAGAAAACGCUUAUGCUGGUUUGUCAAGAAAAGCUUUUCCAUCUGCCACCAAUUGCGCAAGCUCUUCUCAGAAUAUUUAUACUGUACUACUGUACAUGCAGCAUGAAUAAACACUGUCUCUUCUUUUCA